UCGGGACAGAAGCUCGCGGGGAAACAACGCGCACUCCCCACCAAACCGUUUUCGUCGUCAUGGAGACCAAGUCUGUGUACGGAAAUGGUGAUACUACUCAAGCUGGCAACUUUGUGAAAAAUUAAUGUCAGUUCAGUUUGUUCGCUCAGAUAAACCGACGUUUGUCUUUUUUUUGCGUGUCUGAAUCAGGCAAAAGAAGAGAAAGAAACGAGAGAGAAAGGGAAGAGGAGGAAAUGGCACUUUGCCUGUACGAGUGUCUGAGAGCGGUUGGGCUGCAGCGUCACUAUGCCAGGUUUACCUCAGUGGGUGUUCAUCGUGUGGCCCACCUUUCAGGGCUCACCAUGGAGGACUAUCACAACCUGGGAAUCCGUUCUAUGGAGGACAGGACUCGACUCUUCCAUCUGGUCCAAAUGGUCAAAACCCUUGACCUGGAGAGCCUUGAAUAUGAAGAUCGUGAUGAUGAUGACAACGAUUAUGAUCAUGAUGAUGAAGGCUACGCUAUAGCGGAUAGUAGCAUUACUUAUGAUGGUUGUGGAGAGCCUGAUGAAGAUGAAUACGAUGAUGUGGAUGAGAAGAGUGAUGCUGUGAGUAGUUUUUCCAAACCAUCAAAUGUUUGCAGACGACUUGAUUUCAGUUGUGAGACCAGCGAUCAUCACCAGAAGCCACUUCCAGUAGGCACUGUUCAUGCCUACGCAAGUCAUAACAGAAAUAAUGAGUCAGGUCAGAGCAAAGGAUCAGCCAUAUCUGUGCAACUCGAGCUUGACACUGAAAGUCCUGUGGUAUGUAGCUGCAAAGGGAACAACAACCACAGGUCGGAUGUCCGUAGUCAUCAAUCAAAUCAUUGCUCCAAGCCUGACAUUGUGGAAGGACUCUCAGUCAGCAACUUUCACACCAGAUUAUCACCAAACCACAGUCCUAAACCCAGGCCUGCAGCAGCGGCGUCAAAUAGUUUUAGCAACAAACUGAAUGGGUACAAAGACAGAAAAGGAAUCUCUAGGAAGGAAAAACUCUAUGCAGGAAUAAGCCGUAACACAGCUUCUGAGCACACGGCUAAAGCAACACCUGUUUAUGAAUCAAAGAGAACAGCUGGCUACAACUAUGGACUACCACUGAGUUCCCCUCCAAGCCCAAACAAAAAGCAACCAGACGGACAACGUAUCAGUGUGUGUGUGAGGAAAAGACCUCUGACACAUGCAGAGUGCAGGCGAGGAGAGUCCGAUGUUGUGACAACUCCGAGUGGAGAGUGUGUGACUGUUCAUGAAAGCAAAGAGGCUGUGGAUCUCACACAGUACAUACUACAGCACAGGUUCUACUUUGACCAUGUUUUUGGUGAGGAGAGCUCAAACGAGGAAGUGUAUCGAAAAACGGCGUAUCCUCUGGUGCAGCACAUGCUCAAUGGAGGCAAGGCCACCUGCUUUGCAUAUGGCCAAACAGGUGCAGGCAAGACUCACACCAUGUUGGGUUCGUCUCCUGGUGUGAGACCAGGGUUGUAUGCACUGGCUGUCCGGGACAUUUUUGCACAACUUUCCACCACACGCACACACUCAUCCUUGCUGGUGUAUGUCAGUUUCUUUGAAAUCUACUGUGGGCAGCUGUAUGACCUGUUGGACCACAGGAAAAGAUUAUUUGCCAGGGAAGAUGGACAGAAGGUGGUUCACAUUGCUGGACUGCGACAUGUCAGAGUGGACUCAGUCAGCUCACUGCUGGAGGUGAUUUCACAGGGUACAGAGGAGCGCACACAGGGGAUGAGUGGAGUGAAUCCACUCUCCUCUCGUUCCCAUGCCUUGCUUCAAAUACAGCUACGAGGUCCAAACCAGCAGAUAGCUGGUAGAAUGUGGUUUGUGGACCUGGCAGGGAGUGAGAGGGCAUCAGAUACCAAAGAACCAGACAGGCAGAGUCGUAUGGAAGGAGCCGAGAUCAACCAGAGUCUGUUGGCUCUUAAAGAAUGUAUCCGGUCCCUUGAUCAAGAGCAGUCACACACACCUUUCAGACAAAGCAAACUUACUCAGGUUUUGAAAGACUCAUUUAUUGGGGACUCCAUGACAUGCAUGAUAGCCAACAUUUCACCCUGUCACUUAGCAACUGAACAUACGCUUAAUACACUGAGAUACGCGGAUCGUGUGAAGGAGUUGAGGGGACAAGGAGGACUAAAAGGAGGAAGAAAAGGCAAGACAAUACCCUCCCCAAAACGUAAUCUUUCCAACGGCAACACCAGCAGAGGAGGCAGCAGUGUUGCCACCCGUGGAAAAAGUCCCCCUAAAAAGCCAAAGUUAGGGAGACAAAGAAAAGCUUUUAGCCCCACAUCACCUACCUCGAGGCUGGCCACAGAGGGUGCAGUUCUCUGUUCCACACCAAAGAAGGACAGAUGGGGAGAGGAAACCGGUGCAAUAGCUAGAAAUGGGUUUGGACUUGAACAGAUUACACCAAUCAAAGGUUUUCUGGGAACAGGUGAUAAGAGGGAAAGAUCAGAUGGGAGGAUAGGUAGAAGAAGAGAAAAGUAUGGAGGAACUGAAAGUGAAGGUGACCGAAGAGCCACAAGGCCGGGUGAGCAACUUCACUUGUGGGAGGUACCGAGGCAAUCUGGAUUCUACCACAGAGAAAGAGAGAACCAGCAAAGCACGGGUGGAAAGGUGGAUGAGAGGGCGAUAGGGGGACUAGAGGUGGAAAGAAGAUGGAUAGAACAAAGAAGACAAGUGGAAAGCAGUACAGACACAUGUAAUGAUGUAGAGAGACUUAGGGAGAGAGAUUUACAAAAAGUUGAAAGCGAUAAUGAGAGGGUGAGGCAUCUGAGACAGUAUCACCAGCAGCUGCAGCAGUUUAUGCCCUCCUCCGCGUCUUCGUCUGACCAUCUCUUUUCACCCUCUGCAUGUCUGUCUUUCUCUUCCUCUAAUCAGGCCUCUCUCUCCCCGUCUUCCUCUUCUUCUCUCCAACAUACUUCCCGCAUCUCAGUUUCUGCCCUUAUGUGUCAUGGUUUGGAAGAUGCCUUAGAUGCAUAUGGGGUUGCCAGGGUUGAGGUUAGGACUGACGGUUACAGAGGACAGUCAUCUUCCUCCUCCAGUGGAGAAAUUUGCUCACAAACUGGCACAUCUCCAAGAUACAAUAGAAAUAAUGAUGAGGUUGAUCAUGGUGACUCAGGUGGUGUUAGUGAAGAUUGGAGGGAGGGAACGGAGGCAGGGUUUGGACACAACAGAGGUAAAAGGGAGAAGAGGAGGUCACUGAAGGCAAGAGGUGAAGGAGAGGUGAGAGUAAAGAGGGAAGACUGGAGGUCAGCUAAGGUGGAAGGAGGAGGAGAGAGGAGGUGGGCUUGGAUGACAACGACAGGGACAGAACAGGCAGACAGGGUGACAGGUGCAGGGCCAGCUGAAGUAGAGGCGUCAGCGUCAGGCAACUGUGAUUCAGACGUGGGUGAGGAAGGACUAGAUGCCUCAAAUGUCCCGUCUGAUGGAUUAUGGAGUACUGAGGAGCAAGAAGGAGCUGAUGGCUAUGAUUUAGUGUCCACCCACAGCAACAAUAACAGCAACAGCCUGUUUAACCACCCUCCUGUCGAUCCAACCCAUCAACGAGCUCCGGCAGAACGACCCCUCUCCCCGCCUUGUGAACAUACCAACACACUCCUGACCCAUAAUAAGCUCAGUGAACAUACCAGACGCACCUCAAACAUCCUGCCACUACCAUUGCGAAAUGUCCAACAGGGAAUGCCAUCAAGCAGCCGUAAAGAGAAGGAGCCAUGGUUUGCUACUAAUGCUACCAGAAGAGAAUAUUUCAAUUCUCAGUCGGCCACACUACCUCCGCGUACUCCCAUCGCACAAAAUGGACGUAAAAUACCUGCUGAGCCCCUUAACUUAUCUGAUAAUCCAGCUCAUACCCACAACCAGCCACAGGUCAAAGCCAAAACAUAUGUGUUAGCUCAAGGAGAGACUUCUACAGAUUCUCUCAGCUACAUCAUGGACCCGCUCAGCAUCUCCUUGCUUGAUGUGGACCAACAAGUCGCCACAGCUUCGUUCCUCCAAGGAGAACAGAACAACACCUCACUCUGUCUGCUUGAGUAUGAAAGGGAAGAAGAUAAGAGAAGGGACGCAGAAAAAGAGCAUCUCACUUGUGCCAAGAUGGCAAAUAAAAAUGUAGGGAAUAAGGAUGAGGAAUUUCGUCUGUCGCUUUUGGAGCUGCCACAAGCAAAGACCCACUCUCCCAUGUCUGAAACUAUGGCAGCUACUAACUCUGAGCCAAGAAAAGACAUGUGUUUUGCCACUUGUGAACAUUGUGGAAUAGGUACGAUGGCGCCUCCUAUCUCUGAGGUUAUGCUGGUUUCUCUCCAGGACCACGGCAACAAUCAGAAACUACAAACCACACCAGAUAUCGAAGUCCUGGAUAACAAAGCCUCUGCAUCCCCACCUAAACCCUCUACAAGUGCUUCUGUCCAGUGCUCUGGGAACACUGGCUCGCCCAGUUCACACAAUCUACCACCAGAAUAUGCACACGAUGUGCCCAACAGCCUUGCUUUUUCCAUUUCAAACAUCGCACUCCAACCAACUGUUCCUACAGAAUUAAAAAGUGAAGAGAACAACAGCAAAAUGCAAAUUAGACCCAUAAUCCAUCUGUCUAUGCUGGAAGACUUGUAUCAUGACCAGUGGCGUGUUGUCCAGGCCCAUUGGGAGCAGCUAGAAGAGAUGGAAAGUUUAUGUCGUAAAGAGGGGACGCUUCUAUGCCAGCAGCCUGAUAUGGCAUUUGGGGAGUAUGUCCACAAGCUGGGGGAGAUUAUGGAGAGAAAAGCUCGGUGUGUCCACAGCAUGAUAGCUCAGCUGCAGCCAUAUCUUAAGACAAGUCAUAUAAACAAACCACACAACCAAGCAGAGGAUAAUCAUGAUCAUGAUACUUGAAUAAAUUAAUAAACUAGA